AUGUCAUCGGCAGUGUCACCAGCAGAUUUGAAAUCCCUGCCAAACCUUCCGGGCUACACUUUCCCGGAGUACAAGGACAACUAUGCCAGGCCCAACACAUGGAAUGUGGUGAACGGCGUGCGCAUUGAGCAGAAGGAGGGUCUGUCCUUCGACAAGCCGAAAUUUGUCAAGGUGAGCAAGCCUCCGGAUGUCUGGCGGUCUGGCUCCCUACCAGAUAGCCAGACGCGUGCUGUCUUCAAAAACGCCAACGCAGGCAUUCAGUUCCAGGACCUACCGGCUUGGGACGCCUUCGACCGCCACGUCCUUCGCUUCAGCGGCUACUUCAAGGAGUCUGUAGUGGAGACGAACCUGGAGAACUUCCGCGUUCGGAAAGUGACCAUCUACUACUACCUGGAGGAUGAUACCUGCCAGAUCAUCGAGCCAAAGCAGGACAACAGUGGCAUACCCCAAGGCCAGCUCAUUCGGCGGCAUCGCUUCCCUGCUGCUCACGGAGGUUACCUCAAAACCGAGGACAUCCGGGUUGGCACGACACUGCAGAUCUACGGCCGUACCAUCUUUGUGACAGACUGCGAUCCCUUUACCAGGGAGUACUACGAGAGCGCUGGCGACCCUCAAGGGCCUCCGGAACCGGAGGAGAUGGAUCCCUUCCAGGAGACUCGCGAGGCCAUGAAGAACCACGCGCCGGUUCAGUCCAGGACCUAUGAAAAGGUCUACAGAGAGGUGAUGCUCGGUGGUGGGCACAUCAAUGCGGACAUGCAGCAGUUCUUGGAGAACGACAAGAAGGUGCUGCGAUUCUUCGCUGUGCUGGAUGAUGUCUACACACCUCAGUUCGAGCGCCGGCCGUUCACCAUUAUGUUCUUCCUUGCGGAUGAUAUGAUCGAGAUCCGGGAGCAGUACCCGCUGAACUGUGGCAGGGACAACUUCCCGAUCUUCUUCCGAAAGGGGAAGAUGCCCAUGGGCGCGUACAAGGUCGAGGGACCUCAGGCGCAAGCCCGCAAGAAGAACGAGUUUGUUCAUGGGCACGACUUCCGAGUGGGCAUGACCGUUCAGCUGCUGGGCACCUACUCCUUCUUCAUCUACGAUGCAGAUGAGUUCACCCGGCGCCAUUUCCAGAACGAGCUGGGCAUGGACCUGGAGCCGCGCGUGGAUGUGCGCCUACCCGAGCGGGCGGUUCCCAGGGCGAAGACCCCGCCCUACACUGGCUACGGCUCCUGGGAUGACUCCAUGGGCUCCGUGACACACCUCAUCCCGAAGCAGCCGAAGAAGGACUUCGUGAAGCUCUUCCGGCACGAAGGAAAGGUCCUGCGGUUCAAGGCAAAGUUCGCCAACCCGAAGCCGGAGGACGCAGACCGCAUCUUCGUCAUUAGCUACUACCUGCAGGACGACACCGUGGCCAUCCACGAGCCGCCGCAGAGGAACUUGGGCAUCGUCACGGGCCGCUUCUUGGAGAAGGGUAUCCACAUGAACCAGGUCACCGGAGAGCUCUUCCAGCCCAAUGACCUCAUCCCAGGCAAGGUCAUCAAGAUCUACAACAACGAGUUCCUCAUCGUGGACAUGGAUGAGUACUCGAAGAAGGUCUUUGAGAACCCGGAUGCCUUGCUGCGGACGUUCGACCUCGAGGCAGUCCUUCAGAAGAUCAGGGACUCUAUGCGGCAGCAGUACCCACUGGUGCGGGACGUCUUCAGGAAGUUCGAUGGCGACCACGAUGGCGUGCUCACGGUGGCCGAGUUCCAGCAGGCUCUGGAGAGAUUCGGCUUCCAGCUGUCGCCCGAGGACGUGCUCAAGAUCAUGAGGCACUUCGACACUCGGAAGGAUGGCCAGGUCAGUUACAACGAGUUCUGCGACGCCUUGUUAGAUCCUGACUGGACGACUGUCAUGAUGCAGACCAAGCCACCCUUGGAUGAUUCGCACGACAUCGGCUACGCGGAGCGGGCCAUGGUCAAGUCGGCCGAGCGUGCGGAGACCACGCAGGUUCGUAAGGCCAUCAAGGAGAUGGGCGACGUGCUUUACAAGAAGCACAACUUCAUCAUGAGGCUGCUCAAGGAGAUGCAGCACAUUACUCAUGAGGACCACGUGUCUGCGGAGCAGAUUCAGCAUGCCUUAGAGCAGGUCGGGCAUCCUUUCCACAUCGAGGAUGUGCAGCGUGCUAUCCUCUACCUGCAGCCGGAUGCAGACCUCAGCAACGUCAACUACCGGAGGCUGUUUUCGGACGUCGUCACGAGCUAUCACGAUGUCAGCGCUGCACGCUGA